AUGAUCGCUCACUUGAUUGUGGCACUACUGGCGAUGCCAGUGCAGUCAUUUUUCUUUGACUUCGGUGGGCACCAGGCACAGCAGCAAACGCAGCAGACUACUAGCUAUGAGGACUCGGUCUUGAACAGCGACUGCAAGGGCUAUGUGUGUCCAUACACAAAUGAGUGUUCUCGGGGCCCGGAGGAGUGCUCAUGCCCGUUCCCGCGGUCGCAGCUGCGCUGCGUCUUGCCGAACAAGCAAGUCGUGUGCAUCUCCAAGCCUGCCACGAAUGACAAGAAGCUCAACGACGUCUACGACGACACUGCGAAGGGCCCCCGGGCGCGGAACAAGGGCGUGCGCGACUGCGGCUGGGUCGAAGCGGCGUACAAGGGCCUGGUGUAG